ACAAACUCAACAUGCAAGACGACUUUUUAACUGAAACUGUUAUGCCACUGGACUUUCAUGCAGAAAGCAAUGAUGACCAAAACACACAUUCAAAGGAGGUUACAGCAGAAUUAGCCGCCAUCCCAGGCUAUCCCAAUAGCAAAAACGAUGAAAACUCAACACUAGUAGAAGUAAGAGUAACAUCAACAAAAAUAGAGGCAGAAACACCAGCACAACUGCCACCAGUGUCACUAAAAGCAGCAGUACCAGAAACAGCAGACACAGCACCGUCAGCAGCAGCACAAUCAACAGAAGCAGUACAGACAACAGGAGCAGCAGCAGUUCCAACAUCAGCAGUGGCAGAAAAGUACACAACCUCACAUGGAGCAACAAGCAGACGGAAGAAAGUGCCUCCCUCCCAUCUGCAAGAUUUUUUAGUCACAAGCAUGAUGAAAAAGAAACCUCCAAGAUAA